CUGCGGCGUUUCUCAGGUUUGAGCGCCCGCCCGCACGCACCGGGCGCUGCCAUGUUCCGCCUGCUGCUGCGCGCGGGCCCGCCGCCCCGCGGGCCCCCCCUCGCCGCCGCCGCCCGCCGCCGCCGCCGCUGCUGCCCCCCGCCGGGCCGGGCUCCCCUCAGCCCGCCGGCCCCUCUCCUAGCGCUGCGGGCCGCCGCCGGCAGCUCGGCCAAGGAUGUGGGUGGAUCCCCUGAAAAGGCAGCCACAGAUCUCAGCAGUGAAAACAAGAAACUCAAUAAAUCCCAGCAGCUGAAAAAAGUUUUCAAAGAAUAUGGUGCUGUAGGGGUUUCAUUCCAUGUUGGAAUUUCAUUAGUAUCUCUAGGAAUCUUCUACCUGGCCGUGUCAAGUGGUGUGGAUAUGACUGCAGUUCUCUUCAAACUUGGUUUCAGUGAAUCAUCGCUGCAAUCUAAAAUGGCUGCUGGUACAAGCACAUUUGUGUUGGCAUACGCUAUUCACAAAUUGUUUGCUCCAGUACGAAUCAGCAUUACUAUAGUUUCUGUGCCAUUUAUUGUCCGAUACUGCCGGAAGAUUGGUUUCUUCAAACCUCCUACCCCAAAUCCAUGAUAACUUCUUAUUGUGUUUUACUCUUUUUUUUUUUUUAAUGUUCAAUAUUCAUGUAGCUUUUCAGAUGGAUACAUUUCUUUAAAAUACUUAUUUGGAUUCAUGUUAAUGCUGACCUUCUCGUGCAUUUCUCACUUGUUCUUUCAGGUAAAUGUAAUGCAGUGAAAAGUGCUCUCCUUAUCUUUUUUCCAUUUGCCACCUCUUUUUUUUUUUUUUUUCAGAAAUAGCUGUUAAAAUAUCUGUCUUCCACUGCAAGUGGUAAUAUAAAUGCUUGACAAUGAGCAGUCUUUCGAACACGCAGUUCUGGGUCUUUAUAAUCUAGUUUUUUGGACUAUAACUUUUUUCAUAUCAAAAUACAGCUGCAGCAGUAGUUUAUUACUGUGUACUUACUACUGGGAAAUAAAAUAAGGUUCUUUUCCUAAUAGUCUGUGGAAUAAACAAUAUCCUACUAUAUGAAUAGAUCUUUUGGUAAGCAAAUAUAUAUUGGGAUCUAAGGCAGUAUGUGGGAGUUUAUUUUGUUAUAAAAGGUAUGUUAUGAUCCCAGUCUUCCAAUCCAACACCCAUGCCAAGCUAACUUUAGUGAGUGUACCCAUAUGCUUAAUUAUUGCACAGUGAUAAUUGCUUUAGCUAGAAUUGGUAAUGUACUUCAUGUACUUCUCUGAAACUACAGUUCCUUUGUGUUGCUUUCAUGUUUCAAGAUUUUGUUGUUUGAAAAUGUGCUUUUCUGGCCUUCCUAAGGUUGGUGGGGUUUGUUUUUGUUGGUUUUUGUUUUUUUAAUGCUAUAAACUAAGAAAUCCGGAGUUUAGCGAAAUCAGUGUAACCAGAAUUACCUCCUGUGUGAACAUAUUCCAAAGACCAAGUCAGAUGCAAAGUAUCUAUGCGUUUUUCAUGUACUGAGGUCUAACUUUUGUACUGGGGACAUUUUUUAUUUUUUUUUCUGAAAAUAGACCACAGCUGCUUUCUGCUCCUGUGGAUGAAUCUCAGAUCUGCGACUGAAGUCUGGACAUUACAAUUCAGAGAUUAUCAAGAGUAAUUCUUAUGCUUUUGUCUGACAGACUGUUGAAUGUACCAAUUAGAGGUGUAAUACAUACUACUCAGUUAACCUAAGACUGGAUCUCAAAACUAGGUUUAACAUUUAACAUUAACUAGGCUUAACAUUCCAUGGUAAACCUGAGUUUUAGACUUAAGACUAUGCUUCUGUGAGAUGGCUGAAGACAGAUCCAAGAGUCUUUUAGAUCUCUUCUAGGUCUUUUCUUUUUACAUUGUCUGUCUCCAUCUUUAUGCUUGUCACUUGUACCAAAGUGGCUCUGGCAUAGAGCUCUUUGUACAGGAAUCUGACUGAACUAAAAUAGCAGAAAACUACCUUGGCCACCGAAGUUGUUUGUUUCUUGCCAUGUUAGUGAAUUGUGAAGAAGGAAUAGUGUUAAGUCCCUAGAGAAGGAGGAGCAAGUCAUUUCUCUUUGUUUUGUCAGCAAGCUGUUAAUGCAGCUCAGACAUGUUAAAUUGCACUCUGACACCUUUACCAUUCAGAAAGUUCAACCCAGAGACUGGCUGGGUGCUCUGAGGAUUCUUGAGAUCACAAGUGAACAAGCAGAGGUCACUUUCUAGAAAGAUAAAUUGCAGCUACAUAUGUACUUGCACCUCUGUACUGUUGCUACCCUUUGGUUCAUCAGAGAACAGGGAAAUUGGAAGAGACAUCUCCUUCCUUUGUCCUGUGGAAGCAAGCUGUUAUUAGAGCCUACCUCCUGAAAACUUUGACAAUGGCUUUGUCACAGAUAGGGUGUGUUGUUAGCCCAGUGUCUUAAAAUCGAAGCGGCUGCCAGUGAGCAUGUACACCGACUUGAUCUAUAAUGUGUAGCAUACACAUAAAGACAUGUUACGUAGGCAAACACUUCUCAAAAUACUAACCUUUGGCAGGAUAUACUGAGAGUCAGCCUUGCAGUAUGGCCUGCUUCCCUGGGAGCUAUAUGCUCAAUCCUCUGACACAGCUUGUUGUGCCCAGCUGCUUGUUAGGAUACAGAGCCAAUGCUCCACUGUUCUGUGUGUAGGAGUAGCAGCAAUCAGGUCCAUUUUGACUAACUUAUUUAAAAAAUUAAAAAGACAGGAUUUGUCCCAUUCUAUGCCUGCUUUCCUGUGUAGCUGCUGAAGCUGACAGCUUGUAGAGGGUGCUAACUACCUCGCUAUCUAAACAAUAAUUAGAGUUUAUUAGAGUUUGUUUCAUAUCAGCUUGUCCCUCAAGAAAGCUCUGCCUUCUACUCUUGAUAAAUCAAGAUAUUAUAUUGUUACUUAGAUGAAAGUUUAUUGCUGGGUGUUUAGUGAGUAAAAACCUGCAGUAUCUACACAGCAAGUGAAGGGUUACUGUGUUGUUACAUGCAGCCAACACUUCCCUAGCUUUCCAGGAUCUACUGCAUUCUGGACUGCGUGGAGAUAGUGUAUCUUAAGAGUAAAUUUAACUUGAGCUCUAUUGCCCCAAUCUAAGAAACACGUUCUUUUCUACAUGUCCUCUAGGUGUUCAGGUCACUGUUCUCUUAUCCAAGGGUAACAAAAGGAUUCCAGAAUAAUCAAAUGAUGAGAUCCUUGUUCUUUAUCUGAUCUUUUUUUUAAAAAAAAUGGGUUUUGUCCUAAAGUUAAUAGAGAAGUUUAAUAGAGAAGUAGGAUACAGGCUUCUUUUCCAAAAGUAUUUCUCUAAAACAGGAAUUGUUUAAAGCAAAUGCACCUAGAAGUUAUUAAAAAUGCAUCACCACUAGAGCUUUUCUUUCAGUAAAGAAACAGGGCUUCACUAAGUCAUGACCAGACUUCAGCUUACCUAUUAAUAAGAUAAAUAGGGUUGUAUAAACUGACAAUUUAUGUCUCUGCAAAGUGUAUUUUAAAUUAAUUUAAGAAUAUAUUUUAAAAUCUAGAAUCCUUGCUUGUAAAGAAUCAUUUUUAAGUGGGUUGUAAAAUAGUGAAAGAGACCUUAAGGUCUUAUGUUAAUAAAAAUACAAUAAAUUGCUUUCUCAUA